AUGGAAGUGACAUCUCCGGAGCAGGAGAGUGCUGGGCCCUUAACUCGUGGGUGCCAGUGGCUCAAGGCCUUGCCUAAAGAAUUUUGUGCUAAAGUAAUGGGGAUUGCAAGGAUGGCGAAGAAACUAGGGCAAGAUGAUCCAAGAAGGAUAAUUCAUUCCCUAAAAGUUGGGCUAGCGCUUACACUGGUUUCAUUGUUCUACUACUUCAAGCCACUCUAUAAUGGCUUUGAAGACAGUACAUUGUGGGCUGUUCUAACUGUUGUGGUCGUUUUCGAAUUUUCGGUAGGAGCAACACUUGGGAAAGGUUUAAACAGGAUGUUGGCAACAUUUGUAGCAGGUGCCUUAGGCAUUGGAGCUCACUGCUUAGCAACUCUUUCUGGGAGGACAGCCGAACCCAUCUUAAUAGCAAUUUUUGUCUUCAUAAUAGCUGCAAUUGUGACAUUUAUGAGAUUCUUUCCAAGACUGAAGGCCAGAUACGACUACGGGCUGUUAAUAUUCAUCUUGACCUUCAGCCUAGUAUCUGUAUCAGGUUAUCGAGAUGAUCAAGUGCUAAAAAUGGCCCAUCAGAGGCUAUCAACAAUCAUAGUUGGUAGCUGUAUUUCGGUCAUUGUUUGUAUUUGCAUUUGCCCAGUUUGGAUUGGUGAGGAUCUCCACAAUUUGGUCGCUGCCAACAUGGAAAAGCUUGGGAAUUUUUUGGAAGCUUUUGGAGAUGAAUACUUUAAAGUAUCUGAAGAGCCCCAAUCCAACGUGAACAAGUCAUUUCUUCAAGGAUAUAGAAGUGUUCUAACUUCUAAAAGCGGUGAAGAAACAAUGGCUAAUUUAGCAAGAUGGGAACCAGGUCAUGGUCCGUUUGGGUUCCGUCAUCCUUGGAAAAUGUACCUAAAACUCGGAAAUCUUACUCGGGAAUGUGCCUACAAAGUUGAAGCACUUAACAGCUACCUUAACUCUAAGAUCCAGACUCCUGCGGAAAACCGUGGCAAAAUUCAAGGGCCAAGCGAAAAGGUUAGCCACGAAUCUGGCACAGCUUUGAAGGAACUGGCGUCCGCGUUUAGGAAAAUGGUUCGGACAAGAUCAGCUAUUCUGCACAUUGCCAGCUCGAAAACUGCAGCUGAAGAGCUCAAAAACCUCCUCAAACAAAGCGUUUGGGGAGAAGCAGAUGUACUAGAGAUUAUACCAGCAGUUUCAGUUGCUUUACUUCUACUAGAAAUCAUUGAAUGCAUUGAGAAAAUUGCGGAAGCCGUAUAUGAAUUGGCCAAGGUCGCAUCCUUCAGGAACAGAGAUGCUACAGUCUCGCCCGAACGGCCAGAUUUGCUCCACCAGGGAGCAGUCCAGCAAGUUUCUGACAUUGAUAUGCCACAUCAUAUUAUUACUAUUGCGGAAUAA